AUGACUGAUGCUCAAGAGACAAAACUAAAAUAUCGCUGUGGAACUUGUUUUAGCUAUUAUAAAUGUUUGUAUUGUGGGAUUGAUUUGCAACAGCAAAGAUGCAAUUGCAACUUAACAGAUGUGCCACACAAGGAUAAUCAAACAGAAGCUGUUAAAUAUGCAUUUACACGAGUCUUUAAGCCAAACUGUAUAAAAGAACAAGUGGAAUAUAUUUGUCAAAAAAUAGAGGCAAAAAAACAUAAAGCAAUAUCAACUCCUGCAGCCCUUGCAGCUCCCACAGUUAUGAAUAUAGCAAGUUUUUCAGAAAUUGAAUUAUAUGAUCUUACUACUCCAGAAGAUGAACCUAACGAAUUUGAAGAAAGGGAAUGGGAGUUUACUGAUAAUAGAAAUAAUGAACAUAAUGACAAUGAAUCUUUAUUUGAUGAAGAUAGCAAAUACGAGUAUAAUUAUAGGAUUGUAACAACAAUUGAUGAAUUGCUUUUAGAACUUCAUAUAAAUAUUGAAACCUUAACAAAAAGAAGAUCAAUCGAAUCAAGUUAUUAUUGUAUUACAUUUAAACCUGAAAAGGCAACAGGAGAUCUUGAGUUAGACAAAAAUUCAGAUAAUGAUACUGUUACAAAUUUUAAAAACAAGAAUUCUAUUCCUAAAGCUUUAAAUUUAUCUCCAAAUGAAUUAUUAAUAGCAAAAAACGUUUUAGAAAUUCGUAAAAAAAACCAUUGUCUUAUUCAUUACCAAUCUUAUUCAAAUAAGGAUAGUGAUAAAGAAAACUAUAUCAAAAUCACAUUUAUGAUAUUUUCAAUUUGGGCAUUUGAAAUUGUAAGAGAAAUUUUCAUAAUAAAUUAA